GGACACGGAAGUGGCUGGCGGGGCGGCGGGGCGGCUCGGGGCUCGCGGAGCGGCCAUGGCGCGGGGCGGCGGCAAGUCGGGCAGCCUGAAGGACAAGCUGGACGGCAACGAGCUGGACCUGAGCCUGUGCGGUCUGAGCGAGGUGCCGGUCAGGGAGCUGGCUGCGCUUCCAAAAGCAACCGUGUUGGAUUUGUCCUGUAACAGCCUGGUUUCCUUGCCGUCAGAUUUCUGCAGUUUGACACACCUGGUGAAACUGGAUUUGAGUAAAAAUCGGCUCCAGCAGCUGCCCGUGGACUUUGGGCGCCUGGUCAGCCUGCAGCACCUGGACCUCCUGAACAACCGUUUGGUCACCCUGCCCGUCAGCUUUGCACAGCUCAAGCUCUCUCUGCACCACAGCCCGGUGGAAAUUCUCUCACGUCUGUUGGGAACACCGAGCUCCCUACUUGUCUUCCAUAGCUUUUAUUCUUGGGAAAACCAAAACCUGAAGUGGCUGGAUCUGAAGGACAACCCCCUGGAUCCUGUUCUAGCUAAAGUAGCCGGAGACUGUCUGGAUGAGAAGCAGUGCAAGCAGGCUGCGGUCAGGGUACUGCAGCACAUGAAAGUGAUCCAGUCUGAGCAGGAUCGAGAAAGACAACGGAAGCUCCAAGCAGAGCGAGAAAUGGAAAAGAAGCGUGAAGCAGAACAGCGAGCCAGGGAGGCUCAGGAGAGAGAACUGAGGAAGCGAGAGAAGGCAGAAGAAAAGGAACGCAGAAGACGGGAAUACGAUGCUCAGAGAGCUGCAAAGCAGGAGAUGGAAAAGAAAACUAAAAAGGAAACUGUGCAGUCCCGAAAGCUUGCCUCCAGUUCUCGUCCACCUCAGCCAGCCCGGCACAAGCACUCGUGGUCACGGUCGGUGCUGAGGGCAUUGCUGCUGGUGCUGCUCUGCAUACUCUGCACUUUGGCUGUCUGCAAAUUGACAGAGCUACAACACCAACCGCUGUGCGUCAGUGUGAACACUCUCUAUGAAGAUGUAGUUGCUGCUGUGCAAAACCACAAAACCCUGCAAAACAUGCUACAGCAGAACUCGCAGCAGUGAUUGUCCUGGAUGGGCGCUUGCUUUGUCAGCAUCUCCUUUCACCAUCCACGCAGCCAGAAUUCCUAUGGAAUUGUGUUCUGAUGAAACUGCUUUUUAUCCGUCAGCAUUAAUUUGCUGGUCCACUCCACAUAGAGUAGUAGAUAUUGUUUGGGUCAUCAUUGCUGUGCAUGUAUCUCAGUUGGCCUGUCACUCCCAUUAUCUGCCUAGAUUAAUUUAAUACUUCUCACCUCCAAGGGAUUUAUAGCUACAUCUUAAGACAAAGAAAGAUGUCGAUUUAUAGGAGUGGAAAAAAAAAUGGCUUUCAGUUAUCGAGGUAGUUGUAGCUCUGUAAUGGAGGUAUAAGGUUUUAAUACAUAUCCAUUUCUUGCUCUUGUUUCUAUUAGUGCUAAAAUUGAUGACAUGGCUGUAUGGGAGUAAUAUAUGUAGGCCUACUCCAGGACCAAUUACAUUUGUGGAAUGGCUGUGCAUCUGUAUGUUGGAGUGAAGAAGCUGAUGUACUAUUGAAAGAAACUGAAAAUUUUCAAUACAACAUUUUUCGCAUCAA